CAUGGGGUGAUCUUGUUGUUUUUCCAGGCAAACCAACAUUUAUGAAAGCUCCUGAAGAUCAGAUUGGGAUUUCUGGAGGAGUGGCCUCUUUUGUGUGUCAGGCAACAGGAGAGCCCAAGCCUCGAAUCACAUGGAUGAAGAAGGGGAAGAAAGUCAGUUCUCAGCGGUUUGAGGUUAUCGAGUUUGAUGAUGGGUCAGGAUCUGUUCUGCGGAUACAGCCGCUGCGUGUUCAUCGAGACGAAGCUAUCUACGAGUGCACAGCCACCAACAGUGUUGGGGAGAUAAACACAAGUGCCAAAUUAACAGUGUUAGAAGGUAAGUGGGAAGUGGUUUUUGUGUCCUUAGACAGCUCUGGCUUUGGUAGCUGUGUUGUAGCGCUCUUAAAUGACACGGUGAUAUUUUAGCUUGGUUUGGAAAAG